GGCGGCGCGGCGUCCCGGAGGCCGCGCGUCUCCGGCGGCGCGACGCUCGGGGCGCGCUCGCCUCAGGAGGGUUUGUUUCUGAGGGGCUCUGUCCGCCCCGCCGCGGGUGUGGGAGCGCCGCCCCGCGCUGACGCGUCCGCCCCUUGCCUCCCGCCGCAGCCAGCGUGGCCGAGGCCUCCCUGCUCCGCCUCGUCCUCUCCCUAAGCCGCCCGCACUCUUGGUUUCUCUCUCCCGCGCCUACCUUCCAACCCUGGCUAAUUCUGUAAGGGAUGGCGCACUCAGCGGACUUGCCAGGCCAAACUUUUUGAGGAGGCCGUGAAGGACUUUUCCGGGGGCGAAGGUUGGGAGGGCGGCUGGCGGCCUCUGGGCAGGGGCGUGCGGGCGUCGGGGAAGAGUGCUGUCAGCUGGGGUGCGAAAGGCGGCGGGGCCCGAAGAGCUGCACUCCCAGAAGGAUCCCGGAUUCCCGUUUGCUGAUAACCUGACUCGUCCGCAGCCCCCUUUUCUGCAAGUUUGCAUAGUUCCUGGUCAAUAUAGAAAUGUGGAGUGUCUUGACUGAAUCCUCGUGCAGACAAGAUCAUUAUGGUCCUGGUUGAAAAAAUGUCACAUUAGUUGAAAGAAACAAAGGGGAAUGCCCAGAAGAAAAAGAAAAUAUUGUUAUUUAGAUUGAUCUAUAUGACCAGCCUGUUUGUUGUAAAAGACGAAUCAGCCAAAAGGAGUGAUAUAAGAUCCACUGCAGGUGUAUGAACAGCAUUACUUCUGCAACAAAAGCCUAGACUCACCACAUCUUGGGAAGAGAAUGGCCACUACCUGGGGGGCAGCCUUUUUCAUGCUGGUGGCUUCCUGUGUUUGCAGCACAGUCUUCCACAGAGACCAGCAGACUUGGUUUGAGGGUGUCUUCCUGUCUUCCAUGUGCCCCAUCAAUGUCAGUGCCAGCACAUUGUAUGGAAUUAUGUUUGACGCAGGGAGCACUGGAACACGAAUUCACGUUUACACCUUUGUGCAGAAAAUACCAGGACAGCUUCCAAUUCUGGAAGGGGAAAUUUUUGAUUCUGUGAAGCCAGGACUUUCUGCUUUUGUAGAUCAACCUAAGCAGGGUGCUGAGACUGUUCAAGGACUCUUAGAAGUGGCCAAAGACUCAAUCCCGCAAAGUCACUGGAAAAGAACCCCGGUGGUCCUGAAGGCAACAGCAGGACUGCGCUUACUGCCAGAACAGAAAGCCCAGGCUCUGCUCUUUGAGGUAAGAGAAAUCUUUAAGAAGUCACCUUUCCUGGUACCAAAUGACAGUGUUAGCAUCAUGGACGGAUCCUAUGAAGGCAUAUUAGCUUGGGUUACUGUGAAUUUCCUGACAGGUCAGCUGCAUGGCCACAGCCAGGAGACUGUGGGGACCCUCGACCUGGGGGGAGCCUCCACCCAAAUCACGUUCCUACCCCAGUUUGAGAAAACCCUGGAACAAACCCCUAGGGGCUACCUCACUUCAUUUGAGAUGUUUAACAGCACUUAUAAGCUCUAUACACAUAGUUACUUGGGAUUUGGAUUGAAAGCUGCAAGACUAGCAACCCUGGGAGCCCUGGAAACAGAAGGGAUUGAUGGACACACUUUUCGAAGUGCCUGUCUACCGAGAUGGUUGGAAGCAGAGUGGAUCUUUGGGGGUGUGAAAUACCAGUAUGGUGGCAACAAAGAAGGGAAGAUGGGCUUUGAGCCCUGCUAUGCUGAAGUGCUAAGGGUGGUCCAAGGAAAACUUCACCAGCCGGAGGAGGUCCAGAGAAGCUCUUUCUAUGCUUUCUCUUACUAUUAUGAUCGUGCUGUUGACACAGGCAUGAUUGAUUAUGAAACAGGGGGUGUUUUAAAAGUUGAAGAUUUUAAAAGAAAAGCAAGGGAAGUGUGUGAUAACUUGGAAAACUUCACCUCAGGCAGUCCUUUCCUGUGCAUGGAUCUCAGUUACAUCACAGCCCUGUUGAAGGAUGGCUUUGGCUUUGCAGACAGUACUGUCUUACAGCUCUCAAAGAAAGUGAACAACAUAGAGACAGGCUGGGCCUUGGGGGCCACCUUUCACCUUUUGCAGUCUCUGGGCAUCUCCCACUGAGGCCAACCCCCCUUCUUCUAAGGACUUCAUUUGCCAACAAGCUUUUUAAAAGUAAAAGAAGAAAGGACUCAGAAAUGUUUUGACCUAGUCUGAGGAUAGCCUGGACUGAAGCCCAAUAGCUGAAUUCAUCAGGUAGAAGGGGCUUUUGGACACAGGUCUUGUCCUUGCAUCUAGAAAUUUGGGUCAAAUUAAUUUUAUACAUCUAAUGUGAACUGUUGAUCUAACCACUCUGCUUGCACAGCUGGCACCAGAGUCUAAAUCUUUGAGAUUCUAUGUGUGUCACAGAGCUAAAAUGAAUAGCUUUGAAACUUGGAAAAUCCAAGGACUAGUCCCUGGGAACCAAAGAAAAAUCUCAUUUCAGCCCUUUGAGUGCCUCAUUCCUUUGAACAUACUAAUUUUCCUCUUAAUGUGUGAAACUAAGCCCACUGAUUGCUAUCCCAUGACCUGUCAACACCAGUAUUUUUCUUCUUCCUACACAUUGCCAUGCCCCACCCUUAUUUCCACUCACCACCCUAACAAAAAAAGAAAGAAAGAAAGAAAUAUCUGGCUUUGCUUUUCAUGUGUAACUCAAGGGAGAGAAAAAGGUAACAUAUCUGAAAUUAUGUGAUCCUGCUUUGUGCCAGUUCUAGUCAGCCAGCUGAGAGCCAUCCUAAAUCUUGGCAGGUUGGAGAGCAGCUCCUAACUGUGCAGACCCUAGCAUAAAUAAGGAAGACAUCCAGUCUCUAGGGACAGGAUUUGGGGGGGGGUGACUCCCUUGAAUAACUACCUUCUUUUAAUCAACUUUUAAUCAGACAACCUUGAGAUUAAUAUAUCCAACUUUACAGGAAUGUGUGUAUUCAGUGCUAGUACCUCCUCCAGGCUAAUUUGUUUAUAGUAAUUUCUUAUCCUAAACAUGUUUUCUUUGUAUUUCUAAGAAAUACAUCUACCCUGGCAUCUAGAUUUUGGUCAGAGCUCCUUUCAGUUUUUUAUUUUCUCCAUUUAUAGCAGUAUCUCUUCCUAUCCUGGCCCCUGAUCAUUUUAACUAAUUUCUUCUAAAUCAUUUGCCUAGUACCACAGUUUCUGAUAUCCUUCUUGGGUGGUACCUAACAUUCGAUUUGGUUGGCCAUCUUGGCCCACAUAGGUACUAUGGAUUCUCUUUUUGAGUUUGAGCGCACAGAGCUCUUGAUUUUGUGAAUUGUUUCCCUUAAAAUUCAUUAUCUUGUAUUUUGUUUACGUGACUAUUAUUUGCUGCUUGUCUAUCCACUCAAGUGCUCUUGGACUUGAAAGAUCUUUAUAGAAAGAUCAUAAUCUGGCUCUUUUGCCUUGGCCCAUUGCCUCCAGCUACUUUCCAACAGAGUUUAUAUCUCCCCAAACUUGUAGCCUUCACAGAAGACUCUUUCAGCUCCUUCAAAAAAGAUGUUAAUAUCCCUGGCUCUUACAUCAGCUCUUGGGGAGCUUUAUUUCUUAGUCAUUCCAUUGAGUCAAUAAUAUUUGACAUGUGGUAUGUACAAGUAACUAGGCAAAUUUCCAUAUCCUCAUCCCCCAAAUUUUAGUUGUUUUUUAAUACAAUGUGGAAUUUCUUCAGAUUCUUCUGACUUUUAUUUUACUUAGGUCACUUUUAUACCUGUUGUCUUUCUCAAAAAAUGCUACAUAAUGAAAUAAGAAUCUUUAAGAUUGGAAACAGCCAAAGAUGUUGGCUGUUAUGCGUUUGAGUCCCAUGUCAACCUUCUGCCCAUCAGAGAAUUCCCUUAACACGUCCAGCUGGUUAUCAUUCAGCUUCUGUUUAGGCAUGUAUUCAGAGAGCUCGUUCCAUUUUUGGACUGCACUGAUGUUAAAAAAAAAAAAUCCCCUUUAUAUUGAGCUGAAGUAACCUGUUUUCCCAGUGUCUUAGUUCUGCUCUAAUCCCUCCUUCCACAGCCUUUCAGUCUUUUGAUUAAACUCCCAAGUCCUUUAUGGUCUCUUCUUUAACAUACCAUAUGGCUUCUGGACCUAUCUUGUCCAAAAAAGGAGAGUGUUAGAACCAGUCAUCAUAUACUAAAUGUUUUCCAUAUGAUUAGGAAGAGAGACCAUUUCCUCUAGUAGAAGCAAAGUUAUUUUCCCAAAGGUAAGCUGUGUUCACUAGACUCAUCCAGCUUGAUGGACCCAGAGAGGUAAUUCCAUGGUCUUUACCAUCAUAGCUUGUCUCUGAAGCUUAUCAACAGGCCAGGUGGUCUUCAGCCAAUUCCUUUGGUCCUCCCAGAUACCUUCAGAAAGAUUGGGUAGAUGCCAUAUAAUUCCUGAAGUAUAUCUACAUAUACUCUGGUUAUCUUGAUAAGAACAUUUGGAGAAUAAGUGUAUCCAUUUUGGGAGCAAUUUGGAAUGAGAAUUUUUAUUUCUUAGAAAAAAACAAUUUUUCUACAAUAUCCUUUCUGCCCUUUAGUGUACCUUUUGGGUCUCUUAUUAAGGGGUCCUACAGAAUCUAAUAUUGCUGGUUGUUUCCUUUCUGUAAAUGUGUUUGUAAUAUUUCAAAUACUAAGGACAUGGCCUGUCACAUAGUGGAUGUUCUGUGUUUUUUACCUUCACCAUCAUAUGAUGAACAUCCUGUGUAGGUUGUAGAGGUCCUUGCCUUAACAUUCUUCCUGUGUUGCCUGAUUUGGUUUGCAUACUUCUGAAGUCCAUGUUCUCCUUACCUGGGUGAGCACCUUUCCAUUUUUUGUUAAGGAUGACCUUUUUUCCCUAUAGUGACCUUUCUGGAUUCUGCCAGUACUCACACAGCUUUUCACAGUAACUGUCAUAUUCCAUCUAGGCACAUUUUUCCUGAGACUCCAGGAAGGUUCGUGACUGUCACUUUUUUAACAUCUUAAAAUUUUUCUGCAUUUGCCUUGUAAAGCUUCCCCUGUGGUAACAAAUUUCUCGUUCCUUCAGGAAUUAUUCCAAUAGCUUAGUUUGGUUCAAAAGCAGACUGUUUCUUCUCAUUUCAUCUUCAAAUCAGACUUCUGGGCAAGAUAUUUUUCAGUGUACAAAUCCAAUGGAUGAACUAAUUUCCUUAAAAGAAUUCUCUGGUACUAUGAAGUGAGGUUUUUCAAAAACCCAAAGCAAGACACCCCUUCUCCUGCAAGUCAGCCACCAGUCUGCAACCAAACAUGAACAGAUUCUGCUGCUAAUCGAAUUUCCUUUUUGACCUGAUUCCUUUUGUCAAACCUGUGCAAUUAAAUUAUUUAUUGUUUUAUUACUGAACAGACAAUGGUGUCCCAGAAAGGAACUAUAAAUAAAAUUGAAACCUGGUGCUGUGAUAAGGAAAUAACUAACAUUAAUAUGAUUUUUUUCCAGAAAGUCCAGUGUGCACUUUAACAAAGGUUCCAGUAAUUUAUGUGUCAUUUGCAUUGUGUUAGGAAUUUUAAAACAGCAAUUCUAACAAAAAUGCAUGAAUUGGGUAUUUUUAAUUUUUAUCUUCAUUAGAAAGCAAUUGUGUAAAUUUAUGACCAGCAUUAAAAAGAAUUACAUAAAUCUUUUUUAUUAUAUAAGUUUCUGGUGUACAGCUUUAUAAUUCAACAUCUGUAUACACUACAAAAUGAUCACCACCAUGAAUGUAGUCACCAAUGGACCAUCUCCUCCUCUAGUAACCACUAGUCUGUCUUCUAUGAGGUUUAUUUAUUUUGUUUGUCCUUUUGUUGAAAUUUCUCUAUAUAAGUGAAACUGACUUUUCUCCAUUACAUGUGUCCUUGGCUCCUUUGUGGCAGAACAAUUGCCCAGAUAUAUGUGGAUUUAUAUCUGGGCUCUCUCAGUCUCUUCUUCUUGAUCUCCGUGUCUGUUUUAUACCCAUACUGUACUGUUUUGAUUACUGCAGCUUUGUUCUUCUUUCUCAAGAUUACUUUGGCUAUUCGAGAUCUUUUGUGUUUUUUUUUUUAAAGAUUGUAUUUGUUUAUUCAUGAGAGACACAGAGAGAGAGAGACAGAGACCCAGGAAGAGGGAGAAGGAAGCUCCCUAUGGGGGGCCUGACACGGGACUCAAUCCCAGAGACCCUGGGAUCAUGACCCAAGCCGAAAGCAGAUGCUCAGCCAAUGAGCCACCCAGGCGUCCUCUUUUGUGGUUCCACACAAAUUUUAGAUUUGUUCUAAUUCUGUGAGGUGUAUUGUUGGAAUUUUAAGAACUACUUCAGUAAAUCUGAAGAUUGCUUCCGGUAGUGUGGAGAUUUUAAUUACAGUAAUUCUUCCAAUCCAUAAGCACAGAAUAGCAAUUUGCUUCUUCAGUGUCUUUCAUCAAUGUUUUAUUUAAGUGUCCAGCUCUUUCACCUCCUUGAUUAAAUUUACUUGUAGGUGUUUCUUUUUGAUGCAAUUAUAAAUGGUAUUUUUUAAAAUGAGAUUUCCUUCUUUCUGAGGUUUUAUUCUUAGGGUAUAGAAACAUAACCAAUUUCUCUGUAUUUAUUUUAUAUCCUGUAACUUUACUGAAUUAGUUUUCUAGCAGUUUUUUGAUGGCAUCUUUAGGGUUUUCUAUAUAUAAUAUAUCAUCUGCAAAUAAUGAGUUUUACUUCUUCCUCUCUGAUUUGGCUGCCUUUUAUUUCUCUUUCUUGCCUAAUUUCUGUGGCUAGGACUUCUAAUACUAUGUUGAAUAAACUAAAGGAAUAAAAGAGGCAAGAAUGGGCAUUCUUGUUCCUGUUCUUAGAUGAAAGGCUUUCAGCUUUGCACCGUUGAGUAUGGUGUUAGCUAUGUUUUAUAUGGCCUUUAUUGUGUUAAGGUACAGCCCCCAUUCCCUGAUGUGCCUGCCCACUUUGUUGAGAAUUUUCAACAUAAAUGGAUAUUGAAUUUCGUCAGAUACUUUUUCUACAUCUAUUGAGAUGAUAAAAUGACUUAUCUUUCUGUUAACAUAUCUCAUUGAUAGAUUUCCAUGUGUUGAACUAUCUUUGUGUCCCUGGAGUAACUUGAUUGUGGCAUAUGACCUUUUGUAACAUAUCAUUAGAUUAGAUCUGCUUAUCUUUUAUUGAGGACUUUUGCAUCUAUAUUCAUCAAGGAUAUUGGCCUGUAAUUCUUUUUUUGUGGUAUCUUUGCCUGGUUUGGGUUAUUAUAAUAACGGUGGCCUUAUAAAAUGCAAUUGGAAGCUAUUCCUCCUCUUUUGGAAGUUUUGAUAGGUAUUAAAUCUUCCUUGAAAGUUUGGUAGAAUUUGCUAGUGAGGCUGUCUAGUUCUGGACUUUGGCUUAUUGCAAGGUUUUUAUUUUACUGUUUCAAUCUCAUUAGUAAUCAGUCUAUUCAUAUUGUUUCUUCAUGAUUGUUUUUAAAUUUUUAUAUUUCUAGCAUUUUAUUGACUUCUAGGUUUUCCAGCUUGUUGGUAUGUAAUUGUUCACAAUAGUCUCUUAGGAUCCUUUUUAUUUCUGUGGUAUCAGUUGGAACUACUUUUUAUUUCUGAUUUUGAGUCUGCUAUUUUUUCUUGGUUAGUCUGCUAAGGGUUUAUAGAUUUUAUCUUUUUUAAAGAACCAGCUUAGUUUCAUUAAUCUUUUUUAUUGUCUUUUGUCUCUCUUUCUGCUCUAAUCUAUCUUCUAUAAUUUGGAGCUUUGUUCUUUUUCUACAGAGUUCCUUUAGGUAUAAAGUUACAUGAUCAGUCUGAAAUUUUUGUUUCUUUAAGUAGGCAUGUAUUGCUGUGAACUUCCUCUUAGAACUGCUUUUGCUAUAUCCCAUAUAUUUUGGUAUGCCAUAUUUCAGUUUUCAUUUGUCUC